AUGGGGCCUUGUCCACACCUGAGUUCAGCUCCACCAUCAUCAUCUUUCUCCAUGCACACGUUUAUCCUUCUCUGCUGCUUUGGCUUGUUUCUCACCUCUGUGGUUGGCGAGAGUAGUGAGACAGACCGGUUGGCAUUGCUCGACUUCAAAGGCAAGAUUAGUAAAGAUCCUCUCGGGGUCAUGAGCUCUUGGAAUGAUAGCAUCCACUUUUGCCAAUGGAAAGGUGUUUCCUGUGGUCGCCGACAUCAAAGGGUCACUGUGUUGGACCUGCAAUCUCAAAAACUGGUAGGCUCUAUAUCCCCAAAUGUUGGAAAUUUAAGUUUUUUGUGGAAGCUAAACCUUGAAAACAAUAGCUUUUAUAAUGAAAUUCCUCAAGAAAUUGGCCGUUUGCAUAGACUACAAGUCUUGCAAUUGAACAAUAACACAAUAAAUGGAACAAUUCCUAGCAAUAUAUCCAGUUGUGCCAACCUCAUAAUGUUUCAUGCAGCUGUUAAUAAUCUGGUUGGAGAAAUCCCCACAAAGCUUGGCACCUUGUCAAACCUCCAAAUCUUUGCUAUUCAUAAAAAUAGUUUGACCGGAAUAAUCCCAUCUUCUUUUGGAAAUUUAUCAUCUCUAAAAGGCUUAUCUGUAGCUUAUAAUAACCUGGGUGGGAGUAUCCCUGAUUCUUUUUCCCAAUUGACCAAACUUGAAAUCUUUGCUGUGGCAUCAAAUAGGCUGUCUGGUACAAUUCCUCCGUCAUUCUUCAAUAUCUCUUCAAUAACAAAGAUUGAUAUAGGAGUUAACCAAAUCCAAGGGCAUCUUCCAUCAGACAUAGCUAUAACUCUACCAAAUUUGGAAAUAUUUUCCAUCAGCAACAACCAGUUUAUUGGAUCUAUCCCUAUUUCAAUUUCUAGUGCCUCAAAUUUACAUAUACUAAAUUUGGCCGGAAAUAAACUAACUGGAAAAGUUCCUUCUUUAGAGAAGCUAAAUAGAGUGAGGUUGUUUUCCAUUGCUGAAAACCAACUUGGAAAUGGAGGAGCAAAUGACUUGAGUUUUCUCUGUUCUUUGUCAAAUGCUACCAACCUAAGAGAUGUGGAGAUAAAUACCAACAACUUUGGGGGGGAGUUGCCUAAAUGUAUUGGCAACAUCUCAACUACUCUUGCCUUUUUCUAUUUGAAUAAUAAUAAAAUAUCUGGAAAUAUUCCUAGUGUGAUAGGGAACCUGAUUAACCUGGAGGAUAUAGAAAUGUGGAACAAUAAAUUUUCAGGGAAGCAUCCCUUCAAGUCUAAGUCAAUGCCAAAAUUUGAUAACUUUUCAUCUUCCCCAUAA